AUGAUAUUCAUCUGUGCUCUUGUUGUUAUAAAAAUAGAUAACAUUCCGGGUGAGUCAGAUGAAGUAGACAUCCCUGUUUAUUUCUUGGUUGCAUAUGCGUUUUGCCUAGUUGUACCGUUUGCCUACUACGCAUACCGCCUGGGUCUUCAUGAAUAUACCAUAUCACUCUUUCAGCGGUUAAUCAAGCGCGAUACCAGCAACAACAUACCCAAUGCAAAUAAUAUGGUUGGUGAUGGCGCUGAAGUACCCGAAGUGGAAUCCCGAACAUUUGAUUAA